AUGGAGAACAACGAAAAAUCAACAACUGUUGGGGCCCCAGAAGCCUCGGAUACACAGAUGAACGACGCCUCAACACAGUCUCCCGAAACGAACCCGAGGAAACGCGCACGAGACGAUCACGACGACGAUGCAGAAGAAAACGAGGACGAGCAGGCAGACGACAAUGGCGAGUCGAAACCUUCCGACGAGGGAGACGGUACAACAGAGCAGCCCAAAAUCUCAAAAAGUCAAUUGAAGAAAUUGAAGCGACAAAAAAUCUGGGAACAAAGAAGGGAAGACCGCAAGGCUCUUCGAAAGGACAAGAGGCAUGAGAAGACAGCCAGGAGACGACUCGAGCGCGACGAGAAGGCCACCCAGCUCGCAGAGACUCAGGGCAUAAGCAAGAGCGAGGCGAUGAAACAGAUCAUCGCGGCCGAUCAGAAGACGUCCAAGCCCAAGGUCGUCGUGCCCGUCUCCUUCAUCAUCGACUGCGACUUCGAGAAGUACAUGCGCGAGCCCGAGCUCAUCUCAUUAGGCGCCCAGAUCACCAGGAGCUACGCGAUGAAUAAGGCUGGCCAAUACCAGGCGCACGUACUGGUCAGCUCAUGGGGCGGGUAUUUGAAGGAGAGGUUCUCGACGGUGUUGAAAGAUACACAUCUCAACUAUAAGGGCACCCGCUUCGUUGACUAUGACUUUGUGGAGGCGGGCAAGACCGCGUGGGAAAUUAUGCACGGCCUCAAGGGCGGCAAGUCUUGUCCCGCACUGGAUGGGGAGCAAGACAAGGCAGAGAGAGAGAGCGGUGACAAACCCAGAGAAGGAGAGCAGGACCCCGCAAAAGACGAGGCACCAACGGAGAAAGAACCCACGCCCGUCCCCGAGUUCAAGACGGACUCCAUCGUCUACCUCUCGGCCGACUCCCCAAACGUCCUCGACAAGCUCGAGCCAUACACAAGCUACGUGAUUGGCGGGAUCGUCGACCGGAACCGGGAGAAGUUCCUCUGCCAGAAGCGCGCGGAGGAGAAGGGCAUCCGCACGGCCAAGCUGCCGAUCGGCGAGUAUAUGCAGAUGGCGAGCCGGCAGGUCCUGGCGACGAACCAUGUGGUUGAGAUCAUGUCCAAGUGGCUCGAGACUGGUGACUGGGGCAAGGCCUUUGAGGAGGUGAUCCCGAAACGAAAGGGCGGAAAGCUGAAGGGAGUCGACGGCGAGGAAGAGGAAGGCGAGGAAGAUGGAAAGGAGGCUGAGGUUGAAACUCAGCAAAGCGAGAAGCAGGAUGAGCAAGACGGGAAUCAAGAGGAGGCCACGAGCGAGGCUGUGGCGUAG